UUGAUGGUUCUUUGCAGGGCUGGACGAUAAUGGCAACAAUAAUAAUCACCAUGGUUUAGAUUGAUAACAUGAUAAAUGGCCAUUUAUUGCACCACCAAAACUAAACUUUUAAUGUAAUUUCAAAGAAGAACGGGUAUAAAUUAACCACAACAAGUGAAAUAGUAACAGCAAUUAAUUAAAAUAACAUAAUUUAAAAAAAAUUAAAUUGUUUUUUUAUCUUUUCAUACUUAUUUUGCAACCAUUUUUUGUGUGUGUGUAAUUAAUACAAUUUAACAAAAUGUAUGGCCUACUGAAAUGAGAUGUUCUCAUUAAAACGGGGAUAAUAGCAGGUCCAUUCUAUGUGUCAUACUUGAUCAUUUCGCGAUAUUGCCAUAUUUUUGCUGAAGGGAUUUAGUAGAGAACAUCCACGAUAAAGUUCGCAACUUUUGGUCGCCAAUAAAAAAGCCUUGCCUGUACCGGAAGUAGCAGACGAUGUGCGCGUGACGUCACGGGUUGUGGAGCUCCUCACAUCCUCAUAUUGUUUACAAUCAUGGCCACCAGCAGCGAGAGCGAUUCAGACCGAGAAAGCGACAAUUUCCCCAUUAAUUUGAGCGAGGAAGAAAGAUUCGUGGAUGAGGAAAGUGAGAGUGAAGGACUAGAAAAGAAAAAAAAAGACGAGGGCAGUGGGAGCGAUUCAGAUGUUAUUAGACACAUUUACUAGGAUAAUUCUAGAAAAUCCCUUAUCUGUUUAUUGUGUUACUAGUGUUUUAGUGAGAUUAUAUGGUCGUACCUGAAAGUUGGAGGGGUGUGGCCACGGAUGUGGUGACCGCCAGUGUCUCAGUGGAAAGCCACGUUUCUCGACGAGGCGACGGCAGCCGGGCUGAGAUUUUUUUUUUCCCCCUCCUCCACGGUGUAAGCAUCCGACGGUCGGGAGCGGCCGGUGGGAGGAGGCAAGAGAGUCCGCAGCUGCAGGAAGAACGAUGCAAACUCUCUGCUCAUGUCUACGGUAAGAGCUGACAUAUUGUCACCAUUUUCUCACCGAUUGCCGGUUGACAUGUGGUAGGGAACCAUGUUCGCUUGACCGCUCUGUUCCAUAGUAAAGCUUCACGGUCAGCUUUCGAAAAUGUAAACAAGGAAACAAGGAACCACCGGCUGUGUUUGUGUUGUUAAAGGCGGCCGCAAUACACCGCUUCUCACCUACAUCUUUCUUCUUUGACGUCUCCAUUAUUAAUUGAACAAAUUGCAAAAGAUUCAGCAACACAGAUGUCCAGAAUACUGUGUAAUUAUGCGCUUAAAGCAGACAACUUAUAGCUGGGAUCGCUGCUGGAUCAAAAUGUCAAGCGCACGCGUCAUCAUACCGCGAUAUUUUCAACAGGAUACUUCGCGCGAAAUUUAGAAUUGCAAUUUAGUUAACUAAACCGGCUGUAUUGGCAUGUGUUUCAAUGUUAAUAUUUCAUCAUUGAUAUAUAAACUAUCAGACUGCGUGGUCGGUAGUAGUGGCUUUCAGUAGGCCUUUAAGUCGCAGCCCAUCUAUGAUUGAACAAAAAGCUAAAUAAAGCAUAAAUAAAAACGCUUCUAAGUAUCAACUACCUCAUUGUUGACUCUCUUUAAAUUUGCACGGAAGAAAGCCGCUUAUUAGUCAUUUCAAAGACGGUAGUAGAUGUGAGACGCCUGCGUGCAAUUACUGUCCGAAGCUCCAAAACAACCAAAGAAAGGAAAAGUUUUAUUCUGAGGAGACAAAAAAAGAAAAACAGAGCUUACCCAGAUAGGACUGUCAGGAUCAACAUUCCCGUUCACUUUCUAGCGUGAACUCGAAGACGAAGUCAAACUAUUUGCUUGCCUAACAGAAUUGCUAUUGUGCCAUCCAAUGGACACUUUUAGAACAGCAGUUUCUUUAAUUUAAAAAAUGCAAUUUCACACUUACCAAACUCGUCUUGCGGGCCAGAUUGAACAACGUGAUGUAUGACAUCCCUGCUGUCUUUCAAGGAUUCCACAGGAAAGCAGCUGUUGUGUUUUUAGUGUUUUCCUGCCUUCUCCUUUUGUCUGCACCUGUGCUUUUAGUGAUUCAACCUCGGCGAGGGGCGGACAUUGAGGCACACCUGCUCGCAAUUAGCACACCGGUAUUUAGGCUCGUCACUGUCAGCUUGGCCUCGCAGGUUAUUGUCUCCAGAACUCCUGUCGUGCAUGCACCUGCUUCACCAUACCUGUUUUGAAUCUUCCUCUUCGGCGGCGGACGGGGAACGGCGAGGGAAAACAUGGCUGCCCUUUCAGCCUGGUUCUGGAACGAGAGGUUUUGGCUGCCUCACAACGUAACAUGGGCGGACCUAGCCCAGCAGGCUCCCGGGGUGGAGUACCCCAAAGCUGGACACUUGUUUGCCGCCCUGCCGCUCGCUUUGGGGAUAUUCGCCGUGAGGAUGCUCUUUGAGAGAUUUGUCGCCAGCGCCUGUGCGAGGAGCCUCCACAUCCAUCCUGAUGUUGCACGACGAGCUCCGCCCAACGCAGUUCUGGAGAAAGUAUUUACAUCCAUAACAAAGAGUCCAGAGUCCCGCCAUCUGGACGGCCUGUCCAAGCAGCUGGACUGGGAGGUGCGGAAGGUCGAGCGCUGGUUCCGACAGCGCAGGAACCAGGAUAAACCCGGCGUGCACGCCAAGUUCUGCGAGAGCAUGUGGAGGUUAACGUUUUAUUUGUGCAUAUUUACCUAUGGCUUCCAGUUUCUCUGGCAGACCCCUUGGCUGUGGGACACGCGGCAUUGCUGGUACGGUUACCCUUACCAGGUCAUGACCCCUGGGCUUUACCGCUACUACGUGGCCGAGCUGGCCUUCUACUGGUCGCUUAUGUUCUCCCAGUUCACAGACAUUAGGAGGAAGGACUUCUUGGCCAUGUUGGUUCAUCACCUGGCGACUGUGGGCCUGAUCAGCUUCUCCUACGCCAACAACAUGGUGCGGGUGGGCAGCCUGGUGAUGUGUGUGCACGACGCCUCCGACUUCCUGCUCGAGGCAGCCAAACUGGCCAACUAUGCCAAGUAUCAGCGGCUGUGCGACCUCCUCUUCAUCGUGUUUAGCGUGGUGUUCUUCGUCACGCGGCUCGUCAUUUAUCCACUGUGGGUGCUGAACUCCACCAUGUUCGAGAGUUGGGUUAUAGUGGGCCCCUUCCCGUCGUGGUGGCUCUUCAACUUUUUACUGCUGGUGCUGCAGGUGCUGCACGUCAUCUGGUCUUACCUCAUAGCACGCAUCGCCAUCAAGGCCGUCCUAAGGGGCAAGGUGUGCAGCGACGUGCGCAGCGACGUGGACAGCAGCUCCGAGGACGAGUCGCCGCGGAAGGAGAACGGCGCCAACGGCCACUGCGCCGCCGGGAGUCGGCCUCGGAACCUCGGCGGCUGCUCGCAUCACGCGUGACCUUUUGAGUAAAAAACGCUCGCCGGUAGUGAAGGGACGAUGCAGAGGUAACACGUUAAAAAACAAACUGAUACGUCGGGAUGUUGGUCUUCACGUGGAGAUCUCGGUGUAGUGACGUCAUUGAUUGUUUAGAACAUAGCGUGUUUCGUGAUUUUUUAUUAUUAUUAUUAUUGUUGGAUGACUUAGUGGCUACCUGUACAGGUGUCGGGCACAUACAUGUACAUAUACAUGUACAUAUACAUAUACAUGUACAUAUACAUAUACAUGUACAUGUACAUAUAUUUCCCUGUUGAAAGCUGCUGUGCCGUUACACACCUUAAAUGGUACAAACAACUGCAUUGCAUCCCAAUGUCCUGCAGGAAAUAGAGGGGGCGGGGCCACAGUAGUCCGGGCCGUCAGUCCUUAAUGACUUCCGGGUCCUGGUUUUCGGCGGCCAGCUGGAGCCGCUUCUGCUUCUGCAUGAAGCGGUAGCCGCGCACGGCGCACAGGUAGCCGCCGUAGAGGGUCAGCAGCAUCAUGGAGCCCGAAAAGGCCCGGUAGCCGAUGUCGGCGAGGCGCUUGGCCGUUACCAUGGCGACGGCCUCUGAAAGGAAAGAGACGGUCUGAUGAGCGCGCUGAAAGAAGUGAAAUACAACUCUGACGUACAAUGGGGCAAAAAAAGGGUUUAGUCAGCCGCCGAUUGUGCAAGUUCUCCUACUUAAAAUGAUGACAGAGGUCUGUAAUUGUCAUCAUAGGUACACUCUUUAACUGGGAGAGACAGAAUGUGAAAAACAAUCCAGGAGUUCACAUUGUAGGAAUUUUAAAAACAUUUUUUGUAAAUGAUGGUGAAACAUGUAGGGAUGUGGCAAUAUCGAUAUUUCAUAAUCACACUUACUGUGAGCAAAAUGAUCACUGUUAUUAUUACCCUAAUAAUGUUGAAUAAUACACACUGAAAUAUUUUAACGUUUUAUUUUAAUAAAUACAUUGACACACAAACAGUUGACAGAUUUAAUAUUGUUUGCCUCAUAAAAGCCAUAUUAUUUGUUUUUUCAGUGAUUGAAUAUGUCUAUUUUCCAUUUUAAUUUGUAAACGUUUUUUUUUUAAUGUUUUAUUCAAUUGCUCCACUUGCGGUUUAUGUGACGUCACGCGAGAUCACUUCCUGUUAAAAAAACACCUGUGUCCGUUUCAACUUGACCCAUACUUGCCAACCUUGAGACCUCCGAUUUCGGGAGGUGGAGGGGUG